AUGUUUCGUUUUAAUUCGUUAGUGUCGUGUGCGCGUAAUUUUUCGAAAAUAAACCGCAACAUUUUCGAUGUGAGUGAAGAAGUGAGUCAAGCUUUGAGUGAGUCCAAAGCCGUAGUGGCUUUGGAAUCCACCAUAAUAACUCACGGAAUGCCUUUUCCUAAGAAUAUCGAGUGCGGGUUGGAAGUUGAAGGAAUUGUCAGGGCACAGGGUGCAGUACCAGCCACAAUAGCCCUAAUAAACGGUACCAUCAAAGUAGGCCUAUCGAAACAAGACGUCGAGUACCUAGGAGACACAAAAUCGAGCAAACCAGUUAAAACUUCUCGAAGAGACUUUCCGUAUAUUUUAAGUCAGAAACUUAAUGGCGGUACUACAGUUUCUGGUACCAUAAUUGUGUGUCAGCAAGUUGGGAUUUCUAUAUUUGCUACUGGAGGUAUCGGAGGCGUUCAUAGAAAUGCCAGCGAAACUUUCGAUAUUUCGGCCGAUUUGACCGAAUUAGGCCGUUCCAAUGUGGCAGUAAUUUCAAGUGGAGUCAAAUCCAUUUUGGAUAUUGCAAAAACUUUGGAGUAUCUGGAAACUCAAGGCGUUUUCGUAGCGACUUUCGGAGAAAAUCGAGAUUUUCCGGCCUUUUAUUCGCGUUCCAGCGGAUGUCAGGCUCCGUAUCGCGUUGAAAACGCUUCAGAAGCUGCCAAAAUUGUCAAAUCGCAUCAGGAUUUGAAGCUUGAAUCAGGGCUUCUUUUUGCUGUCCCAGUGCCGGAACGCUACGCCCUCGACCCGGAAUCAAUCGACAAAAUAAUCUCGCAAGCUCUAGCGAAAGCCGAUAAAACAGGAAUCCGGGGCAAGGAAGUCACUCCGUUUCUUUUGUCCGAAAUCGCUACGAUGUCGGCCGGCAACUCUUUGGAAACCAAUAUCGCAUUGAUAAAAAACAAUGCAAAAGUAGCUGCAGAAAUCGCAGUUUGCUUAUCCAAAACUGAUAAAGCGGAGGACGAUGGUUCAUUAAAAACUUCUCCAGACAAAAAACCUGUCAUUAUUGGCGGCUCGAAUUUGGACUGCGUCGCUCAUUUGGACGCGGACGAAAUUAAG